GAUUGCUGCAGCACAAAGCACUGGCUCUGGAGCUUUAUGAAAGCUUCAAGCCGAAGCCCUGAGAGCUCCGGCUGUGAAUGCACUUCACUUUGGACCCAGAAUAUCCUGGGGCUCCUCAGGCCUCCACAGAGGGAAAACCAAAGCACAGGCGACUCCGCGGCGGGGUUGUAAUGGCGGCGCCUCCUGCUAGCCCAGACCGCACCCGGCUGCUCCAAAUCUGCCUUCUCCUGGGGGUUCUGGGGGAAAUUAGGGCCGAACAGAUCCGCUACUCGGUGUUUGAGGAGCAGGAAGAAGGCUCAGUGGUGGGCAACAUCGCCAAGGACCUGGGGUUGGCGCCCCGGGAGCUGGUGGAGCGCGGAGUCCGCAUCGUCUCCAGAGGUAGGACGCAGCUUUUCGCCCUGAACCCGCGCAGCGGCAGUUUGGUCACCGCGGGUAGGAUAGACCGGGAGGAGCUCUGCGACAGAUCUCCAAACUGUGUGACAAUACUGGAGAUUCUCCUAGAAGAUACAGUGAAGAUUUUGCGGGUAGAGGUGGAAAUAAUCGAUGUUAAUGAUAACCCACCCAGUUUUGGGACAGAGCAGAGGGAAAUAAAAGUUGCUGAAAAUGAAAAUCCUGGGACAAGAUUUCCUCUUCCUGAAGCUUUUGAUCCGGAUGUAGGGGUAAACUGCCUGCAGGGUUACCAGCUCAACUCAAACGGUUACUUUUCCCUGGACGUGCAAAGCGGGGCCGAUGGGAUUAAGUACCCAGAGCUGGUGCUGGAACGUGCUCUAGAUCGCGAGGAAGAGGCGGUUCACCACCUCGUUCUCACCGCCUUCGACGGAGGUGACCCGGUUCGCUCUGGCACUGCCAGGAUUCUCAUAAUACUUGUGGAUACCAACGAUAAUGCUCCCCUGUUCACUCAGCCCAAGUACCACGUAAGUGUUCGUGAGCACGUUCCUGUAGGCACUCGGCUACUCACCGUAAAAGCCACUGAUCCAGAUGAAGGAGCCAAUGGAGACGUGACGUAUUCUUUCCGGAAAGUAAGAGACAAAAUAUCACAGCUAUUUCAGUUAAAUUCUCUGAGUGGGGAUAUAACAAUAUUGGGGGAUCUAGAUUAUGAGGACUCUGGAUUCUAUGACAUAGAUGUAGAAGCCCAUGAUGGGCCUGGUCUCCGGGCUAGAAGCAAGGUACUGGUGACAGUUCUGGAUGAAAAUGACAACGCACCAGAAGUCACAGUUACAUCUCUCACCAGCUCAGUCCAGGAAACUUCUUCCCCGGGUACAGUAAUUGCACUUUUCAACGUGCAUGACAGUGACUCAGGAGGAAAUGGCCUAGUCACAUGUUCUAUUCCAGAUAAUCUGCCAUUCAUACUUGAAAAGACCUAUGAAAAUUAUUAUCGGUUGUUGACACACAGAACACUGGACAGGGAAGAAGUCUCAGAAUAUAACAUCACUGUAACUGCAACUGACCAGGGAAUUCCUCCACUGUCUACAGAAACUCAUAUUUCACUGCAGGUGAUGGACAUCAAUGACAACCCACCCACUUUCCCUCAUGCUUCCUACUCUGCCUACAUUCCUGAAAACAACCCCAGAGGAGCCUCCAUCUUAUCUAUGACUGCUCAAGAUGCUGACAGUGGUGACAAUGCCCUAAUCACUUACUCCCUGGCCGAAGACACCUUCCAGGAUGCACCCCUGUCCUCCUAUGUCUCCAUCAACUCCAAUACUGGGAUCCUAUAUGCACUUCGUUCCUUCGACUAUGAGCAGCUUAGAGACCUGCAGUUACUGGUGACAGCCAGUGACAGUGGAGACCCUCCACUCAGCAGCAAUGUGUCAGUGAGCCUCUUUGUGCUGGACCAGAACGACAAUGUCCCUGAGAUCCUGUACCCCACCUUCCCUACAGAUGGCUCCACUGGUGUGGAGCUGGCACCCCGCUCCGCAGAUUCCGGCUACUUGGUGACCAAAGUGGUGGCAGUGGACAGAGACUCAGGCCAGAAUGCCUGGCUGUCCUACCGCCUACUCAAGGCCAGCGAGCCGGGACUAUUUGCAGUGGGGCUGCACACAGGCGAGGUGCGCACCGCACGGGCCCUGCUGGACAGAGAUGCGCUCAAGCAGAGCCUUGUAGUGGUCGUCCAGGACCAUGGCCAGCCCCCUCUCUCGGCCACCGUCACACUCACUGUGGCUGUGGCCAACAGCAUCCCAGAUGUCCUGGCUGACUUGGGCAGCCUCAAGCCUUCAGCAGACCCAGACGACUCGGGCCUCACACUCUAUCUCGUGGUGGCAGUGGCCGCUGUCUCCUGCGUCUUCCUGGCUUUUGUCAUGGUGCUGCUAGCACUCAAGCUGAGACGCUGGCACAAGUCACGCCUGCUUCACGGUGAAGGCAGCAGGUUGGCAGGUGUGCCUGCCUCGCACUUUGUGGGCGUGGACGGGGUUCGGGCUUUCCUGCAGACCUACUCCCACGAGGUCUCCCUCACCGCGGACUCGAGGAAGAGUCAUCUGAUCUUCCCCCAGCCCAACUAUGCAGACACGCUCAUCAGCCAGGAGAGCUGUGAGAAAAGCGAGCCUCUUCUGAUAACUCAGGAUUUACUUGAAACAAAAGGAGACCUUAAUCUUCAGGUGUUACUGCAAAGAUACAAGAGACCUGUGAAAUAGAAGGCAAUUGUGUAAAUUCACGUUUACAAUAUUCUUUCUCAUGAAGUUAUUAUUGGAUCUGGACUGAGGAUUUUUUAAUUUCCUAUUUUUACACUGUACCAUGCUUUACUUGAAGUUUACUUUUCCUUCCUUGAAAGGGUAUUUUGCAUUAUAAUAGGCAACAUUAAUUUAAGAAUACUGGCAACUUAUGAGUUUAACUUUUAGAUAUAACUUUAACAGGAUAUUUUCUCAAUGAACUGUUACAUUUCAAAUAUUUUCUUGUUGCUGUUCUGAGAUGCGCCAGCGGUGACUAUACGUGAUUCCUUUGGUGCACUCCUGUGAUUAUGAGAAAUAUUUGAAAGUUAAUUUCACUCAUAUUUAAGUAGAUUCUAGAAGUAACUUUAAUAAUUUUUAAAUUGCCUAUCAUGACAUCCCUAUUGAGACUUUCUUGAUUUCUUUUGUUGUUGUUGUUGUUGAAAAGAUAUAUAUAUAUAUAUUUAGAAUUAGGCAGCUGGACUCAGUUUAGAUGAUCCCAAUUUUGUUGG